CUCCGCCGGACAACCACGUUUACGCUCGCGCGCGCGGUCUUCUCCAACAUUUUGUUUAGUUCUGUAGAAAGUGGACACUGGACGCGUGAUUCCCCACAGUUAAUUAAUUUCGAUUGACUUUGAUAGACAUUUCAACCCCGUCAACUUCGUCGCAGGUUCGGCCGGUUGAUCUUCGAGGAUCUUGGAGAUAGAAGUUGCGGAUCGCUCAGGCUAAGGAGAUAAAUUCUGAGCACGGAGUCAGGCCAGAAGGAGUGACAUUUAAAAAAGUUGUGCCGCACUGAUCGCGUAUUCCAAAUGCAUACUAGAAGCAGCAGCUGAGCGGGGGGAUCUUGGCGGAGACACGCCGCGCGGGUUAAGUCGCGUUGUCGCGCGGCGCUGAGCGGUGGAAUGUUAUAUAAAACCUCAAAACGGGCUUAUUAAACCAGAUAUAGCUAUCACACACAACUAGAGUGGAGGAACGACGGUGUGUGACUCAGAAAAAGGUGGUGAUUUUUCAGUAUCAAGACUCAAAUAACUUGCCAGACUAGAAUCAGACCUGAGGGAGAAGGUCUCGAGAAAGAUCAUAAUUAAAUAACACCACACGAGAGCUGAGAAAGCUGAAAAAGAGAUCACCAAACCAAAACUGUUAGCAACAGCAUCACACAAGCCAUUUCCCGACUCAACGGUAUACCACCAACACCAUCAUCACUACCAUCACCAGCUCCGUCAGUACCGGUCGUCGUCAUACGGAACUUCUUUUAUAGCCUCAUCAUCAAAAUCACCACAGAGUCGAAAAAGCCAAGAAACACCUCACCAAUGAAAAAGCACAGUUUACUGUGAUGCCGGGUUUAAGCGCGAGAGCAGCUUGCAAACGUCAGUAGACUGACCAGCGUCGAAGGGAGUCGACGACCUUGAGGAAACCGACUCUUGAAGAAGGAUCCUCACAAAGAAAGCUCAUCAAUGAAUCUGCACUGAGAGAGGGCCCAACUCGCGAAAGGGUGACAAUAAUUGGGCAUGACGACAACGUCCAUUAAGCGUGAUAUCGGCAGACGUCCAGAUUACCACAUCGGACCUAACGGAAUCCCCCGGCUUACGGGUUUAAGGAGGCGGAAAAUGAAUUCGCCCCAGCAGCAGCCACUUCAGCAGCCAACCGACCCAGUUAAGCUGAACAAAUGCCUCUACAACUUAACCGUCCGGAAUGGCACCAAAAUCGAAAGUGAUAUAGCGAUAAGGAACCAAUAUAGCAGUAAAUCAAGUUCAUCCACCUGUAGCAUCUCCGAUCGGAGAAGUUCAUCAACUACGGUUGCAUCAUCAGCGAACCGUAACGACCCCCGGAACACCUCGCAGCAGUCCAACUACUCAUCGCCCAUUCCUAGGAUUAGCACUAGCAUUACCAGUAGUACCAACAACAGUAGAAACAGCAACGGCAUCGUCAUGAAUGGGUCGCGGACACUUCUCAGCGGUAGGCAGCAACGGCAUCAACGGAGUGCAACUGCUGCUGGUGAUGAUGCCGGCAGCAACGGUGACGGAGCCGAUGCGAAUCUCAUUAAUGGAUCCGCCAACGGUGACCGGCGGCGGAACAGCAGCGUUGCAAUGAGACAAUACAGACUUUCGGCGGCGAUCGACAACCGGCUGAGCUACCAACGAAAGUACGACCGGACCAUUUUCGGCUGCAACCGGCUGGAUCAGUUUGUGCUGCCACCGUUACAAAUCUAACCCCACCCGCUCCCUCAAUAAAGAGAAAGACUUGGAACAAUCACA